ACGUAUGUAUAAAAGACAGAGUGACGGGGGUGAGAAUGGAGAGAAAGAGGAGACUGACCACAUAUCAGAGGCACAGAGAGCUUCCUUUCACAAAAACACUCCUCCACUGAAGAUGGAAAAACCGGAUCGCAACGCGCCCCCGUACCCAUGACCAAUUAAGAGCGAACGAUAAAUUGUUGUCUUUGAGGAUCCGGACAUGCGCUCAUCAUCUCUCCACGGUUUCAAGCGACACUUUUAGAAUUACCUUGCCUAUUUCCUCAUGAAUCGUUUAAGUGUCGUCUCGGUGGAUUAUAUGAAUGUGGCUGGAUCUUGAGGACGGAGUGCGUCAAGUGAGCGCACCUAUCCAACAAGUGGAUGCAUGAAUAUGUUCGCUGCAGACAAACGCUGGGACUAAAAACACAAACAACCUGUGGAAUGAUAACCUUCAAAUCCGUGAAUCGAUUGAUCGGUAUACACCAUAGACCAAUAACCUGCAUUACUUACCUCAGAUGUGGAGCUUGUCUUGGUUGAUAUGUGCGUCUAAAUGUGCGCAUUGUCUCGGCCUGAGGUAGUUUUAUAUCUAGUGACUUUGUGUAUUAAUCAGGACGUUGUUUUUUCAAUCAAAAAAUAAAAACGGCAAUGAGGUAAGACACCCCCUACAUUUUCCUGCUUUUCAGUCAUUGACCAAAAGCAAGAUUUCGGCGGACACGCUGCGGUAUCCACCGUCUCCCACCUCACCCCUCUCCCCCAUCAAUGGGCUCGCUUCUCUGUUCCCUCGGUGACCGUGGGGGGAAGUUGGGAUCAUCUCUGUAGACAUUUCUGUAUGACGAGGGCGCAGGUGGCAGCCAAAGGUCGCAGUCAUGCCGAUGCAUCCAGUAACCUCCACGUUGAUGUACCGGGGGAUCUGCACCAUCCCUGACAUCCUCUCCUACAGCGCCCCGGUGAACCUGCCCGAAGACGAAGUUGAAGAGAUCCGUGAGGCCUUCAAAGUGUUUGACCGCGAUGGAAACGGGUUCAUCUCAAAGCAGGAACUGGGAAUGGCCAUGCGCUCCCUGGGCUACAUGCCAAAUGAGGUGGAGCUGGAAGUCAUCAUUCAGAGACUGGACAUGGAUGGCGAUGGCCAGGUGGACUUUGAGGAGUUUGUCACUCUUCUGGGCCCAAAGCUCACGGCAGCUGGGAUGCCAGAUAAGUUCAACGGCACUGACUUUGACUCCGUUUUUUGGAAGUGUGACAUGCAAAAGUUAACGGUUGAAGAGCUAAAGAGGCUCCUCUACGACACCUUCUGUGAUCACCUUUCCAUGAAAGACAUCGAGAACAUCAUCAUGACUGAGGAGAACCACAUACAGAACCCUGAGGACUGCCAGUUGGAUAUAGACACUUCCAGCCCGACGCAGCAUGUCAAGCAAACGUGUGUGCGCAAGAGUCUGAUAUGCGCCUUUGCAAUUGCUUUCAUCAUCAGCGUUAUGCUCAUUGCAGCCAAUCAGGUGCUGCGGAGCGGCAUGAAAUAGGAUCGGCGGCAUUGUCAGCCUUUACCACCACCUAAAGGCUGCCCGACAGAUAAAUGACUGAAGAGAUAAAUCUAAAAAAAAAAAACACCACAGACAAUCAUGCAGCUGUAAAACAGGCCGACAUAUGACUGUAGAAUAACUGGCGUCACCAAGGACACUACAUGGGCUGGAAUUUAUCUUGGUGUCAGAAACAUGCUGACAACUAAGUUUCAAGGACGACAAGACCUCACACACAAAGAGACUGUGCUGUGUUUAAAGGUGACAGCUGACUAUACAGUACAUAUCACUCUUCGUAAUUCAACAUUUAGUAUUCAUUAGCUAUGUGCAUUUGAGCAGUGUUGCAUUUAGUAUGGUGGCAGCUAUAAAGAGAAGUGUAGUGACUGUCCAGUUCUGUAUUUGUCCAGUGUACCAUGCGGUUUAUUAUAAACAAGUAGAAAGAAAUCUGUGACAUUUUGGAGAAAUGUAUUCCUGUGGCUGAAAGGUGUUGUUAUGUGCAAAGUCUGGAGUGCACAGCAUUGUGAAGAUUUUGUAUGCGGCGCAACAUUGCAACAAAAACCAAGUGGGAAUAACAACAGCUUGGUAAGAAAGAAAUAGGGUUUGCAGGGAGGAGCAUGUGAUUGGGUGGAUAGUUUCACUCAUUCACAGGCAUCUGGGCUUCAGUCUGAGCAGGAAGGAGCAAAGUGAGGCAGGUUAACAGCUCGUGGGCGGAAGGCGUUGAGGUCUGAAUGGACAGGUAACUAGCUGGACAUGCAGUGAACACUCAACUCUCUCUGUCUCCACUGCGAGGCUGUGCAGGCCCCAGAGGAUGACCAUCAUCUAUGCAUGAAAUGCAUGAUGGAUGUAAACAGUCGUCUUGAAACAUUUGUUAAAGUUCUUAUCAAUGUAUUUAAUCAUUAUGACUGAGCAACAGCUGUUUUCAAUUACUUAAUGACAACUGUGAGCAAUUGUGUGUGGUACAACAAAAGUAAAGCAUACCACUGCAUGAAAAAGAAGGGCUGCACUAGGACAUGCUCGCAAAAAAAAGGAAAAAAAAUAAAAGAUUUUGGGAUUGCUAAGCUGUUGAUCUUUUGCCUUGCCGGGCACCUGGUGACCGCUGCCCACUGUCACCAAAGAGCAAAAAAUCUUCAAGAUGUGUUUCACGCAACAUUUGAAGAAUAUGCAUCAGUACUUCUGGUUGGUAGUGCGGAUACAAAUGUGCAAGAAUGGAUUUUGUUUGUAUUGUGUGUCUUAUUUUUGUAGUUGUUUUUUGUCUGGAUGCGUUGCUAUAGAGCAAUUAAUGUAUGUAAAAUAGACAUGUCACCAUGCUUUGGAGGGACAUGAAUCUUCAAAAAUGUUAGCACCAAUGGACCUAUUAACUGUUGAGGUCAGAAAAGUUUAUAUAGCACUUUUCAAACAAAGAUUUUGGCAAUACAAAAAGACAUUGGCUCUGAGGGUACAACCCUCUUAUUCAGUGUGUUGCAGACAGAUGAGUGAGAAGAGGUGUGUCAGUAGUUGCCCGGUGCAUUGAAGUUUGACAGGGGCCAAAUGGUGUAAACUGUUGCAAUAAAACAUAAAUAUCUGCGAAGCACCCCAUGCAUUUGAUUGGGUGUAGUUUAGAUUGUUGUGCAUGCAUCUGGGUUUGGUCUGUCAUCAUCAUUAAGUGUCUUGUACUGUAUAUAAACCAACUUUAACCAAAGCUUUGGAGGGAUCUAUGCCGACAAAACUGGGCCACAUAAUGAGAGCAAGCUUGGUAAACAAUCCAAUGACAUUAACAUUUAAAUUAUUGAGAAGUAAUUAGAAAUCCCGCACAAGUCCCACAGUCCUCACUAUGUUCUGAUUAGUAGACCUUCAUCAGGAAAUAUUUUCAUCUUAAAUUUAGAUAAUUAGAUAAUGAAAAGUACUGCACGGCUCCAAAUCUUGACAGUGUAUUAAGUGCACAGUAGUGACACGGAUCAAAGAAAACAAAACUCCGGCACUCAUUCAUCAAGUAAUCUUCUCAUUUAAUGUGGGCAAAAAAUUAAUGUGUUUUACCUAGACGCCUU